AUGGUGCAGACGUUGACGACAUUGCUAGCAGCAGUACUGCAGUGGCUUCCCGGUAGUGGCUUCCACCCAGCUGGUGAUCCAUCCGCGCUGGCGGGCGGGGAUGGUUGUGGAAACGGGAAGUACCUGGGGGUCAACCCCCUGGUGUUCAAGGUGGGGGUCGACCGGUGCUGCAGUCUGGCCGAAGUGGCGCGGGAGAAGGACCACGAGAAACAGCGCAAGGCCAAGCGGUCGCAAUUCAGUCAUCAGAGCUGGCAGAGUAAUUGGAGCCUCUGCUUGAGAACCGCGCACUCCCUCCAGAACAAGCAGCGAGCAAUGGCUGCUACUGAGGAGCAGCGACCACGCCGGAGUUUCUGUUACGCACAAGAUGGGCGGUUCCACCAGCCGCUGCUUGGGGGCAGUUUUCCCGGGCUUGCUUUGAAGCCGUCGCGCCUCGCGCUUCAGGCAAAGCAGCAGCAGCCGACCGAUGUGUGCAGACGGCGCACGAGGCCGCUCUCCACAGCUCACCUCACGUCGCCUCACCUAGUCUUCUGCUGGCGGAGCGCCGAGCGGCGUGACAGCGAAGUGGCCAGGGGUGUCAGGAUGGCGCCAGAUGGGGGAUCAAUAAGGCCUCAGCGGCACGCCGCGGCGUCUUGGACGCCCCCUAGGUCGUCCUCUCUGCGACAGAAGGUGUUAGUGAAGUGA